GAGGUCGCCUCAGCCAAGCGCAAGCGAGGAGAUGGCUGUGAGACCCGCGGCGGACCCUCCCGGGCCCGGAAGGGGCGAAGAGGCGGUGCUGCUCUUGGAGAGGGCUCAUUACCGGCACGAGCCGCGCUGGCUGCUGCCGGUGUACCCACGCCUCUGCCUGGCCUGCGCGCUGGAGCUGCUGCCGGGGCCCGGCGUGUCGGUGGUGCGCAAGAAGCACAUGUUGUCCUGCUUCCGAGAUGCCCUUGUGAGGCAUGCCUCCCUGGUCACACAGCUGGUGGCUCAGGACCAGAGAGUCUGCAACCACUUCAUAAGCAUGCUUUUUGGACUGUCAUGCAACGUGGAAGAUGGGAGUGUAACAGACCUUUGUAUUGAAGUUCUUGUCCACCUCACAACGCAGCUGAAGCUGGAGCAGACCAUCCAUUGCCUUCUGGAUGAGUGCCACAAAGAGCUGUGUAACAUGCCUUCUAUGCGAGGCAGCUUGGCCACCCUGACCCUUCUUGGCAAGUUGGUGGACUCCAUGCCUGCUUUGGCAGAUGAGCUUGUAAUGGAGCAUGGCAACCUGAUGGAACAUCUAUUGAGAGGCUUAGUAUACCCCAACGAGGGAGUGCAAGCUUCUGUCUGUUACCUUUAUGGGAAGCUAUACUCCUCACCAACAGCAGCUGAGAUACUUUCAGGACAUUUUCGGGAGAAGCUUUGUCCCCUCUUCCUUUCUACUCUGGAUGGUGCCCAGACAAAGGAGCUACAGAUCAACUGCUUGGGUUUGCUGAGGCAGCUGCUGAAGUAUGAUCUCUUUGUGUCCAUGAUCAUGAACAAGUCUGCACUGGCAGAAAGUGCUGAGAGUAUCGCAGGACCACCAGGAGAGACCUCACUGCCUUUGGUGCUCAAAAAGCUUCUCCUCUCUAGAGAUGAGACCCUGCAGGUGGCCAGUGCCCACUGUAUAACUGCGGUGCUGGUCCACUCCCCAGUGAAGCAUGCCCCGGCCUUCAUCCAUGCUGACAUCCCAGAGUUCCUCUUUGAGCAUCUUUCCUCUUCCAGUGAAGUGCUUAUCUGGUCCAGCUACAACUGCUUGAUACUCCUGGCAGAAGAGCCACUCUUUUUUUCCAAGUGCCACACAGUAUACGGGAUCGAGGCAGUGGUGAGGAGCCUACAGGGGAUCCUGAAGGUGAACAACACGGAGCUGCACAAGCAGGGCCUGCUGCUCUUUGCUGAGAUCCUGACUCGGCAGCCAGAGGAGAUCAAGCUCUUCACGAGCUCAGCCGUACGCAGAGAUGCUGGCCGUGCCCUCCAAGAAGCAGUUAGCAGCCCUGUGCUGGAGGUGGCUGCUGAGGCAGUGAAGGCCACUUCUGCUUUUCUGAGGAAGGACCAUCAGAGCACUCCACCCGUGCAGUACAGGGAACUGCGGGCCUUGCUUGAAGCCAUGCUGAGCCGGUGUGCAGAGUUGUCCCAGAUCCCUCUGAACAGGAGGCCCCUGGGCCAUGCCUCCAGUAGAGAUUCAGAGAAGGCCAUUCUUCAAAGGGGAAAGUUUCUCCUGAGCACUCUGGAGGGAUUUAGAAAUGCCUGCAGGUUGGCUGUGGAAUUCCAGAGUGAGCCUUCGGCGCAGGAGAAUCCAUUCACGGCUCCCAGUGGCGAGAAGGAAGACACCUUGGAGGCCUUCUCAGAAUUUCUUCUCAGUACCUGUGACUCCUCGUGUAUCCCCAUGGUGAUGAGGCACCUGGAACAGGCCACCCACCCAGCUUUGAUGGAAGUUUUCCUCUCAAUUCUGCACAGCCUCUUUGUCAUCGUUCCCCACAUGAAGGAGAAGUUCUCCAAGAAGCUCGCUGCCUCAUCCUUCAUACAACUGACCCUGGAGCUGAAGGCCAGGUUCUGCAGGGGCCUGAGUCACUCAGCCCUAAACCAGGUGUGUUCCAGUUUUCUCUUCUACAUGUGCCUCAACCUCCUCUCAGUUCCAGAGAAGACAGGACCACCCUCCCAAGAAGAACUCUCUGAAGUGUCUGAGCUCCUGCAGCAUGGCCUGCCCCAGAUAAGCAGCAGGAGCCCUGAAAGCCUUGCCUUCCUGUCUGAUCGCCAGUAUGUGGAGGGAGCUGCUCGCCAGCGACAGUGCUGCAUCCUGCUCCUCUUCUACCUGGCCUACAUCCAUGAGGACAGGUUUGUCUCAGAGGCAGAGUUAUCUGUGGCCGUGCAAAGCUUCCUCCUGUCUCUGCAGGACCAGGGCGAGCGCCCCCAACUGGUGGUCUUCAGAGCCUCCAUCUAUCUUCUUGCAAUCUGCCAGGACAAAGAUAGUGCACUAGAUGAGGCUGUGGUCAGUGCAAUCAGAAAAUUCCUAGAGGGCAUCCCGGACCUGCGCCUAGUCUAUACCCACCACCCACUCCUGCUCAGGUUCUUCCUGUCAUAUCCAGAGCUAAUGAGUAGGUUUGGACACCAUGUCCUGGAACUUUGGUUCUCCUGGGAAGACUGCAGCUAUGAGGAACUGGAUGAUGCCCCCUCUGCUGAGCAGCCCACGCUUCCGACCAGUUUAGCAGCCCUGUUCCAGAUGCUCAGAAGCAGCCCCAGUAUCCUGCUCAUUUUGCUAGACCUCAUCUAUUCCAGCCCAGUGGACACAGCUCGCAAGGUAUUGAUCACCCUGAGGAUCUUCCUGAGGAGGAACGAAGAUGUCCAAGUGGGUGGUCUCAUCCGAGGCCACUUCCUGCUGAUCCUGCAGCAUCUGCUGGUGGAACAUGGGGCCUCCCCCUCAGGAGCCUCAAGGAACCUGCCACUGCUGCUGGGCCUCCUCUCCCUAGUGCAGCUGAGGAAUGAGCCAGAGCAAGAACUGGACAGCAUGGCCAUGAAGCUCCUUCACCAAGUGAGCACACUGUGUGGGAAGUGCAGCCCCACUGACAUGGACAUCCUGCAGCCCUCCUUCAACUUCCUGUAUUGGAGCCUUCAUCAGACCACACCCAGCAGUCAGAAAAGAGCUGCUGCAGUGCUCCUGAGCAGCACAGCCCUGAUACAGCUUCUGGAGAAGGUGCUGGCACUUACCUUGGCAGAGGCAGAUUCUCCCAGGACCGCACUCCUCUGCUCCGCCUGGCUGCUCACUGCCUCCUUCUCUGCCCAGCAGCACAACGGCGGUUUGCAGGUUCACCAGACACUGUCUGUGGAAUUGGACCAAGUUUUGAAGGCCCUUAGCUUUCCAAAGAAAAAGACUGCAUUGCUCUCAGCUGCCAUCUUAUGCUUCCUGCGGACAGCCCUGCAACAGAGCUUUUCCUCUGCCCUGGUGGCCCUGGUUCCUUCAGGAGCCCAGCCACUGCCAGCCCCUGAGGACACUGUCUUAGCUCCACUGGGAACAUCACAAGUACUGUCCCUGGUUAUUGGGCUGCAGAACCUCCUGGUGCAGAAGGACCCUCUAUUGUCCCAUGCCUGUGUUGGCUGCCUGGAGGCCUUGCUUGACUACCUACAUGCCCGGAGCCCAGACAUCGCACUCCACGUGGCCUCCCAGCCCUGGAAUCGGUUUUUGCUCAUUAGCCUCUUGGACGCUGGAGAGAAUUCCUUCCUUAGACCCGAGAUCUUGAGGCUUAUGACCCUGUUUGUACGGUACCAGAGCAGCAGCAUCCUCUCUCAUGAGGAGGUCGGUCAUGUUCUGCAAGGUGUGUCUUUGACUGACCUGUCUACCCUCUCAAACACCACACUCCAGGCUCUGCGCAGCUUCUUCCUACAGGUCCAGAGCAUGGGCCUCCUGGCUGACCACAGCAUGGCCCAGACCCUGCAGGCCUCCGUGGAGGGCCUUUCCCCUAGCGUCUCCUUGGGCCAGCCACCCCUCCAGGACAUGCUCUGCCUGGGAGGGGUGGCUGUAUCCCUGUCCCACAUCAGAGACUGACCCUCAGAACUUGAAGGCCCAGAAAUGAACUGAGACCUGGAGACAAAGUUGGGAAAUGGAUGACAAUUGAAGCUAUUGAUCUGGAGCCAUUUACUCUCCAUUGUUGAAAUGCAAUCAGGAAAUAAAAUGUACACUCACA